UACGGUCCCGCCUCGGUCCUCUAUUGUUUAAGGCUUGAGCUACGGGAUGGGCAGGAGCCACAUGCACCGUUAACAUUGGGUGUUUAUUCAGAAAGGGUGGAGAAUCCCAGCCCCCGUUGGCCAUCAGCAGAAUGUGAUGUCACUGACGACGCCACGGCCAUUUCCUGUCCAGCCGUGCACGUGGCUGUGUGUGCGUGUGCACGUGUGAGGGCUGACCCGCCCUCUCUGCGUACGGGACAUGUUUGAGGUCAAACCCCAUCGAGUGGAGAAGAAGGAGUCCAGCACGGAGACAGAUGAGGGCCUGGGCAGCAGUGGGAAGCGGUUCGGCUCGGGCUCCCUGGGCUCGGGUUCGCUGUACCUGUCGGACAGCCAGGACUGGGCCCUCUCCCCGGGCUGCUCCCCUGACGAGGCCCCCGGCCCGCACAGCGCCGUCUCCCCCAGCCUGGCCGACGAGACCUUCCGCUACAUGACGUACCUGGCUUUGGACCCCUCCUCCUAUCCCCUCCCCAACUCUGGAAACAUCUCCAAAGUUCUCAGUGCCGAUCGCGUUGAGCAGAUGACCCGAACCUACAAUGACAUCGAGGUGGUCACGCAUCUGCUCUCCGAGCGCGACAGGGACCUGGAGCUGGCGGCUCGGAUCGGUCAGUCGCUGCUGCAGCGGAACAACCUGCUGCAGGAGCGCAACGAGGCGGUGGAGGAGCAGCUCAACCAGGCCAUCGACCAGGUGCACCAGCUGCAGCACGAGCUGGCCAAGAAGGACGAGCUGCUGCGCAUGGUGGCCAGCGCCUCCGAGGAGAGCGAGAGCGACUCCAGCUGCUCCACGCCCCACCCGCUGCUGCAGCGGGCCCCGGGGGGCGGAGCCUCGACCGCCGCCGCCGCCGCCACCGCCCUGGGCCAGCUGGAGGCGCUGCAGGGCAAGCUGGAGGAGCUGGAGGAGGAGAACCAGGCGCUGCGGUCGGAGGCGAGCCACUUGAAGACGGAGACGUUCUGCUAUGAGGAGAAGGAGCAGAGGCUGGUCAACGACUGUGUGAAGGAGCUCCGUGAGUCCAGCAGCCAGGUGCUGUCCCUGGCUGACGAGCUGUCCCAGAAGGGGGAGGAGGUGCUGCGGCACCAGGAGGAGAUCGCCCAGCUGCUCUCCCAGAUCGUAGAGCUGCAGCACCGCGUCAAGGAGCUGGCCCUGGAGAAGGAGGAGCUGAGGAUCCACCUGCAGGCUUCAAAGGAGGCCCAGAGGCAGCUGACCGCAGAGCUGAACGAGCUGACGGAGCGCAACGCAGAGUGCUUGGGGAUGCUCCACGAGUCCCAGGAGGAGGUCAAGGACCUGCGCAGCAAGAGCAACACCACGGGCGGCCUCCGCAGACACCUGUCCUACGGCCUCUACCCCAUGGACUCCCUGGCGGCGGAGAUAGAGGGCACCAUGAGGAAGGAGCUGAGUGUGGACGAGGAGACGAUUUUCCAGGACCAGAGGUCAGCCGCGCUAACGCUACCGACUCCCACCGAGGGCGGGUGUUCCACGACGGUUCCGCUCCUCAACACGCUAACGUCAGCGGGCUGCAUCCCCUCCUCCAACCAUCCACAGGGGUCAGGGCUCAGCCCCCUGGUGAUGACUGCUCAGCCCUUCCUGUCGGCCCAGGGGGACGAUCACCGGCCGGCGCCGGUGCCACGCCCGCCGGGCGGCGACCACCUCAGCGACGCCAUCCGCCGGCUCUCCCUCCGGCGCCACAACUUCCUGUGCGAGCGCAAGUUCUUCCAGGCGGAGCGCCAGCGGAAGACGGAGGCCCUGGGGGGGGGGGCGGGGCUGGAGGAGGGCGAGGGCGGGGCCAGCGGCCGCUGCUCGCCGGCGGGCAGCGGCCGCUCGUCCUGCUCCAACCUGUCGGAGCUGUCGGCGGCGUCGGGCGGGUUCAAGAGCUUCCUGCCCGAGAGGCUGCAGAUCGUCAAGCCCAUGGAGGGCUCCCUGACGCUCCACCACUGGCAGCAGCUGGCCCAGCCCCACCUGGCCACGCUGCUGGACCCCCGGCCGGGGGUGGUGACCAAGGGCUUCCGCCCGCUGUCCCACGACCGGGACCCCCCCGCCGCCGACCCCCCCCCACCCUUCUACCGGCUGGACGACCCGGAGGAGGAGGACGAGGAGGAGGGGGGCCGCGCCCACGCCGGGGGGGCCGAGAAGGGCUCCACGGAGCGGGGCAAGCCCGUCGAGAAGGACGAGGAGGAGGAGGAGGAGGAAGGGGGCAUCGUGUUCGAGGUGCGUGUCUCGUCCACGCCCGAGGACCGGCGGGAGCGGCCCAGGCUGCCGGGGUCGCCGUUGCCCUCGGCGACGGACCUGCGCCCGCCGCUGUUCAGGCCCCUGGCGGCCGUGGGCGCCGUGUCCUACGCCUCCGCGCUGCGAGCUGAGCUCACCCCCGGCUCCGCCCCCUGCUCCACCCCCUUCUCCCCCUGUGCGCUGCAGCCCGUUGCCGCGGGAACCGCCCCACCGAGCGAAGCGGCGCCCAGUCCCGUCCGGUCGGAGGGCGCGGCGGUCGCCUCCGCGGGCGCGCCGGCUGUCUUGUCGUCAGCGCAACACCCGGGCAAGUGCCAGAGCUCCACCCGCUCCACCUACACCGUCACCACCUGCCGCAUCCUCCACCCCAACGACAUCACCCAGGUCACCUCCAGCUCCCAGCCCGUGUGGUCGGUGGCGCCCCCCGACCCGCCCAGCUCCCUGCGGACGGGCCCCAGCACCCCGGUGACGCCCUGCCGCCUCAACCUGGGGGGCUCCUCCUGCUUCCCCCCCCGCCGCCCGUCCGCCCCCCCCCCUGCCGCCGCCACCACCGGCGCCGGCCUCGCCAAGCUGGUCCUGGAGCGCGGCAUCUCGGCCUCGCACGGCCCGCCCCCUCCCUCCGCCGCCCCGCCCCCCUCCUCCCCCAGGGCCCGGCCGGCGGCCCCCCCGCCCCCCGGCGGCCCCCCCGCUGGCGCCGCCGGCGACCAGCGGCCCGCGCUCGCCCUGGACAACUUCCUGGCGUCGCGGCCCGCCGAGCUCUUCCUGCAGGACGUGUACGGGCUGAACCUGGGCCGGGCGCCCCCCCACCCCGACCUGCCCAGCCCCCGCCCCGACGCGCCGCCCCCCAAGGGCAGCGGGGGGGGCGGGGGGCCGCCCGACCCCGUCAGCGUGGGGCUGGUGGAGCGGCUGUGUCGCCUGGGGUUCGGCCGGGUGCUCCAGGGCCCCGCGGACCCCCCCCCCCCCUCCACCUUCGUGGUGGCGGCGGGGGGGGGCAGCCUGCUGGCCGGCCUGCGGCGCAACCAGAGCCUCCCCGUCAUGAUGGGGGCGCCGGCGCCGGCCCGGCCCCGGCCCCCGGCCCCCCCCACCUCGCUGGCUCUGCCCCCCCCGCCCUGGGGGGACCCCAAGGGGCAGCAGAGGAGGGGGAGGCUGUCCUCCUUCACCCAGCCCCCGUCCUCCGGGGCCGGGAGGCACUGAGCGAGGGGGGGGGGGGUACGUGUGGCUGCCGUGCACCUCCUCCCUUCUGAUCUGCCCCCUCCCCAUCCCCAUGGCAACCCUCCCACCCUCGUCCUCGUCCUCGUCGUCGUCCCCCCGCUCGGGACUGAAACGGUUUCCACGGAAACUAUUUGGUUCCCUCGUCUUUUCUUAAAUGAUGAUUAUUGACGUGAUUCUUUUAAAAGCACAAUGGACGGCGCAUGGUUGAGCUGUGACUUUGUAUGCGUUGGGAUGCCUGCCAAUGCCUUAAUCCGCCUGUAUUGGGGUGGGGUGGGGGGGGGGUGCUCUGAGGUCAGGCUCAGGUUUGGGUUCUGAGGAAAAUGCAAAAUGGAGAAUAAUUCCUGUAAAAUGCGUACCAUUUUGACCCCGUUGCAUCUGCAAGGCUCUGGGUGUGGGCGUACAAGAGGUGGAGGUUUGAGGAAGUGAAGGAAGGGUGCCUGAAAGUGAUGAAGGAGGUGAGGGUUUUUGGGGGAAAAUGAAGAAGUUUGGUCUCGGUAAGUGUCGUGGGGUUUUCAGUAAUGUUUGAACCCAGCAGGAGAGGAGGGGGAUAGGUUGAGGGGGAGAGGGAAGGGUCGUCCAGGGCCUUGUGUCUAGGGUCUCUUCCAGGGCUCGUCCCUGGGCCGUACAUCUCAAGAAACUAGGGUCAGGGUCGGGGCUAAUGCUGCUUCUUUGUUGCUUGCGCGCUCAAACGAGGACUACAUAUCCCUAUGUCACCGGCGUCUUUUAUAUCAAACCUUUUAUUUAAAAUAGAAACAUUGUCUUUUAAGGAUGGGACAAUUUUUUUUGUUUAAUUCUGACAAACUAUGUUUUUACGACGCAGCUCUGUAACAGACCUCCCUGUAGGUUCUUUCGUCAACUGACGUUUAUAUCCACCGUCGCAAGGAGCUCGGUGGGAAUGUGUCGUCUGGUCAGCCAUAACCUGGUGCCACAGGUGGGUAUUACGGUUAGAACCUUGAAUAAAUAGCUGUUUACUUAUUUGACCGGGUUUUUUAACUAGUUGACCGUGGCAACGCUAGUGCCCGUUCGCGUCCACUGUGUUUUGUCCUUUUGUUCCUCCCAUUUGCAUAUUUGACCAGCAUGCACUGCUGCACUGAUCCACUAGGGCGAAAUGGCCGAAGUCAAAAUAUUUUAUACUUUUUGCGGCUGUUAUUUUUUUGUUUGUUUUAUGCCUGAUGCUUCUUAAAGAGAAGCAACAGACAGUUUUGCCACGGGUUCGAUUUUAUUUUAAGCCAUGGUUGUACGAUUAUCGGAAUGCACUUAUUACUUUCGUUAGUUUAAGAAUGUUUUCGUUUUUUUCAAACGAGCUGCACGGGUUUGGUUAAAAAACGCUCACCAAUGAGAAUUGGGGUCGUAGU